GGGUUUGCCAUUAUAGAGUUAAUCGCCCACUCCCGGUGACGUCAUGUGUUGAAUUUAUCGGCCCUCUUUCUGUCUCGCGCAGCUCCGUUACAGAUCCCUGACCGGACCUUCACGCGACGGAGGAAAACUUUUACCAUGGGAAACUGUCAGCCUACUAUUUUCCCUUAUGAGGAGUUUGAUGUGGUGGCUGACAUCAAGGCCAUCCGCAAAGCCUGCAAAGGACUAGGCACUGAUGAAAAAGCCAUCAUCGCAAUCCUGGCUAAUCGCAGUGCGGCUCAGCGAAUGGAGAUAAAGCAGGCUUACUUCGAGAAAUAUGAUGAUGAACUGGUGGACGUGCUGAAGAGCGAGCUGUCUGGAAAUUUCGAGAAUGCCAUCAUUGCCAUGCUGGACCCUCCACAUGUGUUUGCAGUGAAGGAGUUGCGCAGGGCGAUGAAAGGAGCGGGUACUGAUGAGGACGUCCUGGUGGAGAUCCUCUGCACUGCCACCAACGCUGAUAUUGCCACUUACACGGAUACCUACUUUCAAGUGCAUGAGCGAGAUCUGGAGUCGGAUAUCGCAGGAGACACCAGUGGAGAUGUCAGGAGGCUGUUAACUCUGCUCCUUGAGGGAAAUCGAGAUGAGAGUUAUGAAGUGGACGAGGGUCUGGCUGAACAAGACGCCGUGUCACUGUUUGAGGCUGGAGAGGGUCGCUUCGGCACAGACGAGUCGACGUUCAGCUACAUCCUGGCCACCAGGAACUACCUGCAGCUCCAGGCCACGUUCAAAGCCUACGAAGCCAUUUCUGGAACGGAGAUUCUGGAUGCCAUCCAGAACGAAACUUCAGGAACGCUGCAGAAGUGUUACAUUGCACUGGUACGAUGUGCUAAGAAUCCGCAGCUGUAUUUUGCUCGGCGCCUGAACGCAGCCAUGAAGGGAGCAGGCACUGACGAGGACACCCUCAUUCGCAUCAUCAUCGGCCGCUCCGAGAUCGACCUGGAGACCAUUAAGGACAUGUACCUGGAGAAAUACGACAUGCCUCUAAAGGAAGCCAUCAGCUCCGAGUGCAGUGGAGACUUCAAGCGCCUCCUGGUGGCCAUCUGUCAUUAAGGCAGGGAAAGAGAAGCAUCGAUGCUCAUGUAAACAAGGAAACUAACACAACUGACCGUUUAGUGCACACGACAUGUCCAGUCCAGUUCAACACUCUCCGUAGUUCUGAUGUGGUAUUUAGUGCGAAUCGUUUUCAGGCACUCAGAAAGGCUGUGAACAAAACACUGCUUUGAAGGUGUGUGACGAAUCUACAGCAAGUUAACAAACCGGUUAACCAGCACAAGCAGUUAACUAUAUAUCCAAAUCCAAAGUAAUGCUAAAAUGUGGUAUGUUUUACUAUAAUGCUCGUAUACAAUGCCAGUAUCUUAUUGUUUUUGUUAUUGUGAGCCUGUUACAUUUUCGAAAAGAUCGUGAAGCACCUCUGUCACGCCUCUUUAAUGAAAACUUGAACACGCUUUAUCGACUGUUAAAUAAAAUAUACGCUAUGCAGUUUUAGUUUGCUGGAAAGUUGAGGAAGAAGAAACGAUGAAGAAUCACGAAGGACUCGGAAGUAAAGUAAAUAAAAAAAUUACAAUCAGACACUUUUUAAGAUGUGAAGGAGAAAAAAAGUUCAUCACGUAGCUUUAGCUUUUCUCGCUCAUCGUUGGUCAGUCUUGUUUCCUUUUACUGUAUACUAACAAAUAUAAUAUAUUUUUAUCCUAUUAAACAUGUUCUAUUUUACAUCAUGGAUUAUAUUUCGAUUUUAUGUCACAGCCUGUAGCUUUAAUGGCUUUAACUCGGUCUUAUUGGCUUUGUAGGAAACAUUCUUGAUAAACAAAAUGAAAAAUGGCAGCUGGGUUUUUAACAUCGAGAUUUUAAUGAAGUUAACUGAAUUUUUCCUCUGAUUUCUGUGACUAAUCACGCUGUCAGAGAGCUAAUGUGUUGUAACUAUUUAACACGUGAACAGCAUCACUCCCAGGGACCAGACACAAUCUUAUGGAGCGACGUGAAUCUUAUGGAGAAGACCAAAAAUUGCCUGAUGAAAUAAACCUGUUGUUUAAAAUUCCCAAUAAAAUAUUAAUACAUGUUG